AUGGAGAACAGGACAGAAGAGAUACACUUCAUCCUGCUGGGACUAACCGAUGACCCAGGUCUGCAGCUUCCCCUCUUUGUGACCUUCCUCCUCAUCUACACCAUCACUCUGGCUGGGAACCUGGGGAUGAUCCUGUUGAUUGUCUUGGACUCCCGUCUCCACACUCCCAUGUACUUUUUCCUAGGAAACCUGUCUCUGGUGGACUUUUGCUACUCUUCAACUGUCACGCCCACAGUCAUGGCUGGGCUCCUCCCAGGACACAAGUUCAUCUCCUUCAAUGCUUGUGCUGCUCAGAUGUACUUUUUUGGAGUCUUUGCUACUGUGGAAAAUUACCUCUUGGCCUCAAUGGCCUAUGACCGCUAUGCAGCAGUGUAUAAGCCCCUGCACUACACCACCACCAUGACAACACGAGUGUGUGCAUAUCUGGUCAUAGGCUGUUAUGUCUGUGGUUUCUUGAAUGCCUCCAUCUACACUGGGAACACGUUCAGUCUCACCUACUGUAAGUUCAAUGAAGUCCAUCAUUUUUUCUGUGAUAUUCCAGCUGUCUUGGCAGUCUCUUGCUCUGAGAGACAUGUUAAUGAGCUGGUUUUUAUUUAUGUAGGCAGCUUCAAUAUCUUUUUUGCUAUCCUAGUCAUAUUAAUAUCUUACCUGUGCAUUUUUAUUACCAUCCUAAAGAUGCACUCAAGUGCAGGAUAUUGGAAGGCUAUAUCCACCUGUGCCUCCCACUUCACCGUAGUCUUUGUCUUCUAUGGAACUGCCCUUUUCAUGUACUUACAGCCCAGCUCCAGUCACUCCAUGGACACAGACAAACUUGCAUCUGUGUUCUACACUAUGGUCAUUCCCAUGUUGAACCCUGUGGUCUACAGCCUGAGGAACAGGGAGGUCAAGAGUGCUUUCACAAAAAUUGUUUUGGAAGCAAAAUAA